AUGAUUUCUUGUGAUUUUGAAGUAUUUGGUAAAGUACAAGGUGUUUAUUUUAGGAAGUGUACAUUAGAAAAAGCACGCCAAUUAUUACUUACAGGCUGGUGUUCUAAUACACCUAAGGGAACAGUUAAAGGCCAAUUGGAAGGUGAUGAACAAUCUGUAAUAUCUAUGGUACAAUGGUUAAAAAAUGAAGGAAGUCCAGCAUCUAUUAUUGAAAAAUGCCAAGUAUCAGAUUUUAUUACAAUAAAUGAAAGAUAUUUUAAAGAUUUUUCAAUUAUUAAAUAA